AGAAGAUGGCCGCUGCUGGUUACAAGCUGCUCUCAGCUUGCCUGACAUUUGCUUUGUUGUGAGCAGGAAACUUUUCAGUUAUGACCAGCGAUUUUCGGCAGAAAGAGUCGGGCACGGAGCUGCUUGUUCGGCUAAAAGGGAGAAGUUCUCUGAAACGUCUUGAACCACGGCUAUUUAGUGAAGAAGGAUUCCCAAGUCAUGGAGAUACGGUUGAACUCCACGGUCCAGAGGGAACAGGAAAGACAGAAAUGCUGUAUCACCUGGUGGCAUCCUGCAUCCUCCCAGAAUCAACAGGUGGUCUCCAGGUUGAGGUUCUUUUUAUCGACACAGAUUAUCAUUUUGACAUGCUUCGUCUGGUUACCAUUCUGGAACAUCGCUUAGUGCAGAGCACAGAGGAAUCAGUUAAACAGUGCCUGGGUCGCCUGUUUCUUGUCCACUGCUGCAGUAGUUCCCAACUGCUGCUCCUGCUGCACUCGCUGGAAAACCUGGUUUGCAGCCAUCCUGCCCUUUGCCUGCUUAUCAUAGACAGCAUGUCGGCCUUUUAUUGGAUUGAUAGACUCAAUGGUGGGGAGAGUGUUAGCCAGCAGGAAGCCAACCUCAGGCACUGCAUUGAAUGUCUGGAGAAGCUGUUGACCGAAUACCGACUGGUAUUACUUGCAACCACCCAAGCCCUGAUGCGUGGGUCAGGGUGUGGAACUUCUAGGCCAGAUGAAGCUGCUGCUAUAGCUUGGCAACCAUUCCACGCUGCGGUUACAGAAUAUAAACCAUAUCUCUGCAAAUCCUGGCAAAAGCUGGUCAAGCAAAGAUUUAUUUUCUCAAAGAACAACACACGGGACAAUAAGCAAGAAUUUGCUGUUGUGUCUCUUCAGCCAAGAGGCAAUAUUGUGUCCAGGUGCUCUUUUAUUAUUACAGAUGGCGGGGUUCAGUUUCUUUAACCCUUAAGCAUUCAUUCCUUAAUGAGGACCACUGGAGACACUUGUGAUCCCGCAACUGAGAAAAUGCCAUUUUAUUUUAAAACUGUUAAUUGUUGUAGUUAACUGAAACCUAUUCAUCAUUUUUCCUGGUGAGCUUCAACAAGGUUAGGUGGAGGUUUAACCCUCUUAAUGUGAAUGUAAUGGAAGGUUUCUGUUGUUUUCAAUGGGAAUUCUCCAGCAGAUUUUGGCCUAAACUGUCGGGAAAAAGGCUUAUCCCAACAUUUCCUUGAAAGCUCUUUUUGAACAUGUAUGUUCUUUGCUGUGGGUAGGCAAGUCCUUAAUAUACUCUGCUCUGAAGCAAAAUGCCAGAAAUACUUGAGUAUUUUUUGUGAUGGUGAUCCAGUUGGUCAUACUAAAUUGGAUUUUAAACAAGCUAAUUGGAAAAAUGAAUAGUUUUCACUUUCCAUAUGUAUUUAUAAUCUUCUUAAAGCAUUUCAUAUGAAUUACUUAAAAUGUAUUAGGUCACAUUGAUGUUUAAUACAACCCAUCCUUUUCAUUGUUGAACCCAGUUUGUUGAACCCAACUGUCUUAGAGCAGAAGGAGCUCUGAGAAAUCGUCAUGUCCUUGCCAGUUUUUUAUCAGAGUUAAUUCAUCCCACUUUCCUGCCUUUUUUCCAGUAGUCUUUGAUGUUCUGUAAAAGGUCAAAUUGCUAAAAUUUUAUGGACCUCAUGAAGAUUUUUCAUAGAGGUCCCUGUGGGUGAGAGCUGAGACCCUUGCCUUUUCCUGAUACAUCUUCCCCUACACCCUUGUGGCUUCUUCUACCCUUUCCUUCCAAUUGCUCACUGUCGCAGAAUGCCCAAAUUGACUAUUUUUGUUCUGACAAAAUGUAGUUUAGGCCGAGUGAAGAUUUUAUUAUAUGAUAUUUCUGCUGUAGAAUUGCAGCCUAUUGUAAAAUUUUAGCCGUAAAAGUCUUAUUGAUUUUGCCGAGUUCAUAUGCUUAUGUUCAGUUGAAUGACUAAAACCUGCAAGCUGGUAGAAGCUUGCAUAAUACUGGAUAACCACCAUCACUUCAUUGGCUUAUCUUACCUAAUAAAUGCAUAUUCCUAACUUUCAAGGUACAGGCUAUAUUCAACGUAGAUUCUUUAUCAACUUUUUAAAAGUAAAGUGAAUUACAAUGUGCUGCAAGAGUGGCUGCUGAAAAUCAGGGAGCUCUUAGUGAUAUCUGCACUAACAAAGAAUUAACUCAUGUCUCUGGGAAGUUCUUAAUAUGCAGGACUUUACAGGUGAAAUAUAUUUCCUCAAAGAAGCAUGCCGAUCUCCUCUGUUGACAGUUCCCCAAAACAAAGGAUGACUUUCUUUCACCCCAGUGGUGUGGGUCCUUAGAUGGUUAAACAGCCAUCUCUCAUCUCUGUGAGGAGCAGCGACUUCUAACUUCAAACCAUUUGUGUAUAUAAUAGAACGACUAAAAUCAAAACAAAGCAUUCUAGAUGUUGGGGAUCUAGAACAGAAAGUGUUGGGAAAAUACAGGGCAUUGUGCAUCCUUACCAAUUAUUCUACGUGCACUUUCUACCCCCUGCCCCCGUGUCUCUCUCUUUCUCUCU